GCUCUGUCCUUCCUCAGUACUGUUUGCACUGUGACGGACUGUAAACAGGAAGAUCAGACACCUUAGAUCCAGCGAGUAAAUGAGACUUCAGUCUGAAGGUGACCAUGGGCAAAAGCUGUAAGGUGGUCGUGUGUGGACUGGCAUCUGUGGGGAAGACUGCCAUACUCGAGCAGUUACUGUAUGCCAAUCAUGUUGCUGGUUCUGAGCCCAUGGAGACGUUGGAAGACAUUUACAUUGGCUCAGUGGAGACGGACCGCGGCACACGUGAGCAGGUGCGUUUUUAUGACACACGAGGCCUACGUGAAGGCUUGGAGUUCCCACGCCACUACUUCAGCUUCGCGGACGGCUUUGUGCUGGUCUACAGCAUCGACAGCAAGGAGUCCUUCAAACGCAUGGAAGCGCUGAAGAAAGAGAUUGACCGCUGCCGCGACAAAAAAGAAGUGACAAUCGUGGUGCUGGGGAAUAAGCUGGACUUGGCGGAGCACAGGAGAGUGGACAGCGAGGCUGCGCAGCAGUGGGCACGUCAGGAGAAGGUCCGGCUGUGGGAAGUUUCAGUGACCGAAAGACGUACACUCAUCGAGCCCUUUGUUUACCUGGCCAGCAAAAUGACUCAACCACAGAGCAAGUCCACUUUUCCCCUCAGCCGCAACAAGAACAAGGGCAGUGGCUCACUAGACAGCUAGCUAGAUAAAUAGAUAGAAGCGUGGAAAGAAAGAGAGAGAACGGGGGAGGAAACUUUUAAAGAGUAAUGGAGAAAUUAAUGGCUUAGGAAGAGAAUAAGAGUAAUAGAAACAAUGAGACGAAAGAGAGAGAAAAAAGCACAAAGAAUAGAGAUGAGGAGGAAUUAUUAUUAUUAUUGACAGACUGCUGCCGUCUUGUCUUAUCUUGGUUUGGGGUGCCAAAAGUAAGUGGACUGCAUUAUGUAUGUAUGUAUGACUGAUCACUACUUGAUGACUGAGUGACAACUAGCAUUAACAUAUUAUCACCAUCAUAUCAAAGCCUUGUAACUUUUUUAUUUUAUUUUUUUAACCAUGUAAAAACAUAUAUUUUUUUCGUUUACUAUUGAUUGUUUCGUGAUGAAUGGACCAAUAGACAUGGUCCAAAAAUGCUUGGACGAAAAAUCUUGUUACAUUAACUUACAUUAGAUGUUCUUUUUCCUAUAAAGUUACAGUUUCAGCGAUACAAGGUUUUCUCUUGACAGUGAUGAUCUAAUAAGCUGUAGGUAUAGAUAGAUUGAUAGUGAGAGAUACUGAUAUUUCUAAUUCUUGGUCUGCUGUAUUUCAUAUGGUCUACAGUUUCUGUUGUGCAGUUUCUGUUGGCUGAUGGAGAAAAAUAUUUCCAGGCUUGACUCUGUGUAGAAUUUAAUGGAUUUCUGAGAGCUUUUCCAUUCAUGCUUGUUAACCAUAACUCACUGAAAACAUUGUUCAACUUUUUCUUAUUAUUGAAUUAUUAUGGGGGAAAAUCUGAGAAUAUGAAGAAUGGGACAUUUAGAUUGUAUCAUUUAGUAUUGUAUGCACUCGUAUGCACUCCUGAUCAGAUUACAUGUACUUUUGAUUUUCUAAGUAAAAAUAAGUUAACACAUCCUCUACAGAGAAUACAUUUAACUACAAAAUUUUCAGCAAAUUUUAGUGCAGUUAUUGUUUUUUUUUUUUCCUGAGUUCAAUAUGCUGACUAAAAAUCCACUGUAUUAAGUUCAGCAAUUGAACAGUUGUUGUGCAUUAAAAUGUGCAGAUGUUUGUUCUCUGUAGAAGAUGUAACUCAUAAAAUGUCAUGCUUUGAACAUCAACAUAACAUGUAAUCUGAUUGGAGUUGUUCAAACUUUUACAUACGCCUGUAAGAAAACACCAGUUUCACUUCAGCACUGAAUUACAAAUGCACAUACUUGUGUGUGUAAAUAUAUGAGCAACUGAAUCUAUGAAAGGGAAUCUGUGUUACUGACAUACAAAUCAUAUGACUGGUCACUUUAUCAUAUACAUAUAACUCCUAGAAGUCACAGUUAUCGCUGGCGAUAACAAAAGCGUGUAAUUCAACAUUAGUUCUCACUCUUAGCUCAUAUAAACAAGCAAAAGCAUUUUGCUGAAUGUGCAGAUACUUUCAGUCCAAAGUUCAGAAGUGCAGACUCGAACCUGCUGAUGCAGAAUGUAAAUUUAUGUAAAUGUUACUGAUGAAUCCAGAGAUGGACAGGUCAUGGAAGUGUGCAGCACUGGACAUUACUCUCCCUGCUCAAACACACUUAGUUCAGCGUAGUGAGCAUGUUGUAACUGGCUGAAACUUUGCAGCAAACAUUUUUCCCUUCAGGAAAUGAACUGCCCAUCUCUGUAAUCUCAUUUGCCAUCCAAAACCACUGACUGUGCUAUUUCAGCAAAUAGAAAACACAAUUCAAUUAACUGAAACACUGUUUUAGCGAUUUGAAGAUGACAGCUCUGUUUAAAAAUGCAGCAAGUACAACACAAUUUACCUUCUGAUCUGUGCACAUCUGUGUUUGACACAAGCACGCACGUGAAAAACUUUGCCGCAAAAUGAACAGCGACAAGACAAAAAAAAACUGCACACUUUGUUUCUACUUGUUUGUUUAUUCUGACAUGCUGUAAAUCAUCACUCAUUAUAAAUGAACGUGCUCUCUUUUUUUUACUUUUUAGUCUGAUUAGCUUGAUUUAAACAUAAAGGAGCAACUCCAGCAGAUCAGGUGUUUGUGCCUACUUACUGCAAAAGUGAGAAAUCCUGAGGUCAAUCUGACUCACUUCUUUUAUGUUUUACAUCUUGGGGCAUUUUGUUGAGUAAUAAAGUUGUGUUUCACUUCU